AUGGAACAUAAAAGUGUUUAUAUUAACAAAAUUUUAUGUUAUUUAUUAUUAUUUUUAUUAUUAUUAAAUUUUAUUGUCAUUGGUGAUAAUUUUUUCGAUGAGUUAAGUAAAGAUUCAUUAAUAGAAGAAGGAUCAGGAAGAUAUGAUAAAAAGAUUAAUUCUCGUUCUCUUAAAAAUGAAAUAUAUGGGAGUAGUGAAAUUAAAAGGCUUCUGGCUAAUCCAACUAUCCAAAAUAAUGUUUCUGUUAAGAUCCAAUUACUUAGAAUAGAUGAAUCAUUAUCAUCACAAAGAAUUGAAAUAACAUUCUGGUUACAUGAGGUAUAUAAAUUUUUAUUAUUUGGAAAGAAAUAUAUUCCACAAUAUGAUUUUAUUAAUGAUGAGAAAGAUAUAUUUAAUCAAAAAUUUAUAAUUGAAGAUAAAGAUUUUCCUUUAUCAAAUGUUGUCAUAAAAAAUGCUUUAUUUCUUAGGAUUCAUAGAAAUCCAAUGACUAAUUCAUUUUUUAUGAUCAAUAAAAAUGGUACAUUAUCAAUACACACAAAAAUGACAAUAGAUAUCCCCUGUAUUCAUCUUACUUUUUCACAUUCUGGUGUUAAUCCUUUACAAAUGUUAUGUGCUAAUUCAAUAUAUGAACUACCUAAUUUUGCUAAUAAUCAAAAAACUAAUGAUAAAGCUGUUUGCCAAAUGGAAAUUGGAAGUUUUAUAAAAAAUUCACCAUAUUUUAAUAUUUCAUGGGAUUCUGAUCCAAUACUUGAUGGUACUGUUCCAUGUAGUAAUGAAAAUUGGCCAAGAUGCCUAGUUGAUCAAAUACAUACAUUUAAAGUUAAAGAACAAUUUUUAAAUGAAGAUUUUGAUCAAUUAAUUGCUUGCUUUUUAUUAAAUAUACGCCGAGUUUAUCAUCAUGUAUAA